GCUUUAAAAUUUUUGCUUUCGUAUUCUGCACACAGCCACUCCAAAAGAAAGAAGCGGGCAUCUCCGGUGCCUGUCUCCAUGAAUGGCAUCAUGGCUGAAUUGUGUGGUUUUGAGCGAGAGACAAUGUUUAAGGAGGAGAUACAAAUAUCUAGACAUUUCCCGUUCAUUUGCCUAGAUAUCUACAAGCCAAACAGACAGACACAAAGCAGCUAAACAAGCAACAGCCUCUUCAUCUCAGAAACAACAUUGUUGCUAAUACCAAACAGUGAACUCUCGUUUCAACUUCUUCAGUAAUCUCCAACCCUCGUCACACACUCUUGCAUCAAAAUGGUCUACUUCAGCGCAGUCACUGCCUUCGCAGCCCUUCUCGCGGCCUCGGCACACCUCGUCGCCGCCCAAGACACAUACCCAGAACCCAUCACGAUCGGCCAGCUCAACGUCGGGCACGGCUAUGUCCUCUACGCCUGGUCUCCCACGCGCACGACGCUGCAGGACGCGUGCACCGACUCGCCCACGCGAACCAUGAUCCAGAGCGUGCAGACGGACCACCCGUCCAACCCGCUGUGCAACAACCCGUUCGCCCUCGACGGCUACACGGGCCUCGAGCUACUGUGCUCCGACGGCUCCGGCCCGGCCGCCGCCCAGGUCACCGCCCUCGCCACCAACGGCACCCAGACCCAUGUGUGCACCGGCCUGCCCCUGAGCAUCUAUCCCCUAUACUGCGGCGGCGGGGCUUCGAUCUGGCAGAAGUUCGUUUGCCAGUGAAGGGAUUCUGGAGAAGGUCGGUGGGGUUGGUAGAUUCCGGAUGGGAAUUGGAACUAAUCAAGUAAUUAGAUGGGUCAUUCUAGAGAAAAGCAAAAUGGUCUGGGACUGAUAGAUUUCGAAACACAAUAUAAUAUAUAGGCGGGUGCAUAAAUAGAUUUUCUAGUCUGGAUUCAUGAUAUCUCCAAGGAGCUAGAGGAUGAAAGAAGCCUCAGCAAGAAUAUUGACAAGCAGCAGCGACACCGGGCUCGUGACCGUGAGGCUGCUAAUUCUCCAGAGUGUGAGUUCGACCUGGUUCGGAAGGGGCCGUUCCAGGCCAGCAGGUGGAGGCCGCCGUAGACCAGGUGCAUGCCAAAGUAUGCAAGGAACAAUCUCCCAUUUUCUCUUCCAGACUCGAGAUAAGUGUCAAAAAAGGCUAGGUUGG